CUCUUGUGAUCCACGGGCACAGCGCGCUCACGUGCGCGCGCACCCUCCCUCAAGUCUCGGGCGCGUGCAGAGCUCCGAGUCUGACAGCAGAGACUCGCGGAUGCCAUGAUGUCUCACGUCACAAGAGAGCAUACGGGAUGAUGACAGAAUUUGGAAGUCAUCGUAACACCGCAAACUGCAUAGAUGUUGGAGCUGAUUUGUAUGAAGAUGGAAAUCUGUCAUGACUGAUGUCAUUGCCAGACUGCAGGUUGCUUGACCUCUGAAUGUGUUUUCGCGACACUGAGCCAUGGGUAACGCAGAAAGUCAUAGUGGCAGCCAUGGUUACUAUGGAGACGGGCAGCGUCACCUCUCCCGUAAGCACAUGUCCCGCUCACUACGCCUGUCCAGCAAGCAGGCAUACAGUUCCCGCCGGACUCCGUCUGGAAAACCGGAACACCGCAACUCUGAAACGAGCACGCGCUCAAGCAGCACUCCCAGUAUCCCGCAGUCACUAGCCGACCACGGCCUGGAGCCUUUCAACGACUCCGACAUGCUCCCAGACAUCAGCGGUCCGAUGUGGGUGGACCGCGUGGCUAUGAAUCUCAGACCGAUGUCGUUCCACAACCAUCCGGCUCAUUCGCCUGCUGCGACCCAUACCGUUACCACCAAGCAAGUUGCACAAGAAGGCGGCGAGCCACCCAAUGGCACGACCCUCCAACGGAUGCGGGACGGCGCCCAAGAGGGGGCUACUUUUAUGAAGAAGCGCUCCAAGUCUGCGGACAUGUGGCGAGAAGAUUCACUCGAGGUGUCUUUGUCUGACCUCAGCCAGGAACACAUGACCAGCACGGAGGAGAUCGGAGACACGCCUGAUGAUUGCGAACUCUGUUUAAAGUCGUCCCCUCACAGACUGGAGUCGCUGGACUCAAACCGCACCAAUUCUUUAGAUGAACUCUAUGGACCAAAGAGCCCCACCUGCAGGCCGCCACACGGACGCUAUGUGAAAUGGCACAAGGGCCAUGCCGCCACGAGUCGAGAAGCUGAGGAUGAUAAAUUGAUGUCGCCAUGUGAAGAUGAUGGCGCCGCCUAUGGAGCAUACACACUGCCCUGUCGCCGGUCACACUGUCUAUCAGAGGGACCGACCAAUCAUCAAGGAGUUAUGCAAGGGAGGCGGGCAAAAACCACACAGGAUGUCACGGCAGGGGACGGCAGUGAUUAUGAGGACAGCGGAAUCGAUGGGACAGGAGACAGCGAGGCAUCUCAUCAGGCUCGCCGCUACAAGACCAUGUCAGCGUCUUUCUCUGCCUACUCCACAUCAGCAGGGGGCGCCUUCGCUGGCAGUGACAGUGGUAGCAGCAGCGGGGCUGGGGCCGAAACCUCAGAUGGCACACAGGGAGUCUAUGAGAACUUCCGUCAGGAGUUGGAGCAGAACGUGAGUCCAGCGGAGGUUCCCGAGAAGAGAAGUUCAGCGUUCAGCGAUGAGCAGAGCAGCGUCACUCUGAGCUCCGCCUACCACACCGAUCCUCUGCUGAACGUGGCUGCCGUUCAGGGAACCGUUCGUAAAGCCGGACGCCUAGCUGUCAAAAACUUCCUGGUACACAAAAAGAACAAAAAGGUGGAACUUGCGCCUCGCCGCAAGUGGAAGAGCUACUGGGUGUCUCUCAAAGGAUGCACUCUGUUUUUCUACGAGACAGAUGGGCGGUCGGGGAUUGACCACAACAGUGUUCCUAAACACGCCGUGUGGGCUGAAAACAGCAUCGUCCAGGCUGUCCCAGAACACCCCAAAAAAGAUUUCGUCUUCUGCCUGAGUAACUCACUCGGUGACUCAUUUCUUUUUCAGACCUGCAGUCAGACUGAGCUGGAAAACUGGAUCACGGCUAUCCACUCAGCCUGCGCCACAGCCGUUGCUCGGCAACAUCACCGUGAAGACACGGUGCGUCUCCUGCGAGCGGAGAUCCGUAAGCUUGAGCAGAAGAUCGACAUGGAUGAGAAGAUGAAGAAAAUGGGAGACAUGCAGCUCUCCGCCGUCACAGACACCAAAAAGAGAAAGACCAUCCUGGAGCAGAUUUUCCUGUGGGAGCAGAAUUUAGAGCAGUUCCACAUGGACCUAUUCCGGUUCCGCUGUUACCUGUCCAGCCUGCAGGGCGGCGAGCUUCCCAACCCCAAGCGCUUGCUGGCUUUUGCCUCUCGUCCCACCAAACUCGCCAUGGGCCGUCUGGGCAUCUUCUCGGUUUCCUCAUUCCAUGCUCUGGUGGCGGCUCGCACUGAAAGCGGUGUUAGGCGUCGGACACAGGCGAUGUCGCACUCAACCAGCAAACGUAAAAGCCGUUUCUCCUCAUUGUGGGGUCUGGACACCCACUCCAAGAGAAAGAGCAAAGGAUAUCCCAGUAUUAACCAGGUUUUUGCAGAAGGUGAGGACCCUGUGAAAAGCCCAUUAGAAGGCCUGUGUGAAGGUUCUGUCAGGGAAUCAGUGAAACACUCCAAGGCCCCAGUGAAAGUUCUGCCAAGAUCCAGCACGGAUCAUGACAUCUGGUCCAAAGACCACCUCACUCCAUCAUGGGUGUGCCUGCCAAACGACCAGCCUGUGUUAGCCAUCAUCCAGCCGGGAGAGUCAGCUCUUGAUAUUCUAGAAUCUAUCUGCAAGGCUCAUCAACUGGAUCCCACUAAACACUAUGUGCGGCUGAAGUUUCUCAUUGAAAACCAAGUACAAUUCUACAUCCCUAAACCAGAGGAGGACAUUUAUGAUCUGCUGUAUAAGGAGAUCGAGCUGUGCUGUAAGAUCAGGAAGGUCAUACAGUUUGAUCGUGAUGAAUCCUGCAUGAUCGGCUAUGGUUUCUCCAUCUCAGUGGUUGAGGAGGACAGCAUACAGCAGCUCUACAUCACUGAUGUCAGAGCUGGUGGAUUAGCGUUUGCUAAAGGUCUGAACGCAGGAGAUGAGAUUCUACAGUUAAACGGGAAGGACGCGCGCACACUGACCUUUGCUGACAUGAAGGUGGCUUUCACUCAGGUCACCUUGUCACUCACGGUGAACACACUGCCCCCUGUUGACCGCCGACAGCUCUGCUUCCUGCCUCCGAGACGCUCUGAUGCCGUGGACAAUCUCUACACGGACAUCUUCUCUCAGAGUCAGGAGGAGAUUCUUGAUGAUGGUGUUGGUCUUAUCAUGGAGUCUUCAGGAGACAGUUUAGAUGACAACUUGGAGCUCUUCGCUGAGUUUGACGACUGCAACAGACACAGCAAACGCUCAUCUGACUCCAUUUACGACCUGCUACACCUGAGUACGGAGCAGGUCGCUGCUUUCUGUCGUAGUCUUCACGAGAUGAAUCCUUCAUCCGAGGGCUCAUCCGGACCGGAGUCUUCCUUGCUCCCUCCAAGCAAUGCCACCCCCCGCCAGCUUUCCGAUGCCGACAAACUCCGCAAAGUCAUCUGUGAACUGGUGGAGACGGAACGCACCUAUGUCAAAGAUCUGAACUGUCUGAUCAGCAGAUAUUUAACCCCGCUGCAGACAGAGUCCUUCCUCACUCAAGAUGAGCUGGACGUGCUCUUUGGAAACCUCCCGGAGAUGCUGGAGUUUCAGGUGGAGUUUCUAAAGACGCUAGAGGACGGGACCAGACUGGUGCCAGAUCUGGAGAAACUGGAGCGAGUGGAACAGUUCAAGAAAAUCCUCUUCUCUCUUGGCGGCUCUUUCUUGUACUACGCCGACCGUUUCAAGAUCUACAGCGCUUUCUGUGCCAGCCACACCAAAGUCCCGAAAGUGCUGGUGAAAGCAAAGACGGACGCAGCCUUCAAGGCGUUUUUGGAUGAGCAGAACCCAAAACAGCAGCAUUCAUCCACGUUGGAAUCGUACCUGAUCAAACCCAUACAGAGAGUGCUGAAGUAUCCUCUACUGCUGCGAGAACUGCACUCACUCACUGACCCGGACAGUGAGGAACACUACCAUCUAAACGUUGCGAUGAAGGCCAUGAACACAGUGGCUAGUCACAUCAAUGAGAUGCAGAAGAUCCACGAGGAGUUUGGAGCUGUGUUUGACUUACUGAUCUCUGAACAGACUGGAGAGAAGAAAGAGGUUGCUGACUUGUCUAUGGGAGAUUUACUCCUCCACAGCAGUGUGACAUGGAUCAACCCGUCCUCCUCUCUAGGAAAGUGCAAGAAAGAACCACAGCUGGCCUCAUUCGUGUUUAAGACCGCUGUUGUCUUCAUCUGUAAAGACUACACAAAACAGAAGAAGAAGCUGGGUGGCUCUCAUAGAGCAUCAGUCUCAGGUGAAGAGAAAGAUCCGUUCCGUUUCCGUCACAUGAUCCCUACUGAUGCGCUUCAGGUGCGCGCCCUGUCCAACACAGAUGGAGAGAGUGCAGCCGUGUGUGAGAUCAUCCAUGUGAAGUCUGAAUCAGAGGGAAGACCGGAGAGAGUGUUUCAGCUCUGCUGCAGUUCUCCAGACAGUAAGAAAGACUUCAUAAAGAUGGUUCAUUCCAUACUGCGGGAUAAACAGCGUCGUCAGCUCUUGAAGACGGAGAGUCUUCCACUCAGUCAACAGUAUGUUCCCUUCGGAGGGAAACGCCUGUGUGCUCUUAAAGGAGCACGACCAGCCAUGAACAGAGCAGUUUCUGCGCCAACUCGCACUCUAGGCCGGAGGAAACUGGUUCGAAACCGCUUCACCAUCGACACAGACAUCGUUUUCGACACUGAGCCCGACAGCGACUCGCCAGACUCCCAGCAUUCUGAGCAACAGGGCGUACCUCUGGCAGGUGACACCGACCGCUGGGUGGAGGAGCAGUUCGAUCUUCAACGUUACGAAGAGCAGGAACACGACGUGAAAGAAAGUGACAUUCUGAGCGACGACGACGACUUCUGUCAGUCCGCUCUCAGCCCGUCCACUGAACCGGACAUGGAGGGACCGCUCUCCACUCUCUCUCUGGAAGGGGACACGGCUGAGGAAGAGGAGAAGGAUGAAGAGGAACAGAGAGCAGAAUUUGAACAGAACAAAAAGGACUUCAAGGAAAACAAAUCCCAGCAUGCUGUCAAGUUGUCGCAUGUAGGCAAGCAGUGUGCCAUGUCCGAAGCCAGUGUGGAUGAGCAGGCGGUACCUGAUGAUGUCAUCUGGGUGCGACGGGACGACAGCCGCACAGAGAACGAGACACAGGAAGAACACGAGAGCUGAAAUGCAUCAGGAGACAGACAUAAACAGUCAAAACCAGUGCUGGACUAUAGACACUAGAAAUGCAUGACAACAGUUUCUCCGCGCUACUAUUCCGAAUGUUAAACAUUCUUUUUGAAAUAGCUGUAAGAUAUCACGCUUUUCCACCGUAGACACGUAAACACAUUAGAUGAGCUCUACAUGUGCGCUGUGGCCAAUCAGAAACCUGGAAAACGUGAUGGUACAAUCAAUAGAUUUAAUCAAUGUUUAGUAUUGCACAUUUAACCGUUGGCAGCUUCAUGCGUUUGGCCACCAUCACCUGCCAAAACUUUAACGUUUCUCUGUUUUUAUUGUUUAGUUCUUGCAUAUUACGUCCUAAAGCUGUUUGUUUACUUAGUAAGUUGUAGUAACUGGCUGUCAUUAAUUUAUUAUAUCCUUCAGAUGUAAGAAAAACAACAGCCUGAUGAAAUAUAUCACGGUUUAAUUUGUUGAACUUUGUCACAUACUGUAUUUGUACAGAGAAGCUGUAAACACUGUUUUUUGGUUGUAUAAAUUUGCAUUUCUUUUUGAAUGAUCUGAGACAGAUUUGAAAUGUUUUGUACACACUGAGCAGUAUUCUGACCUGAAAUAUAGACUGUGUGUAAAUUAAAUAUUCGUAUUACAUUGGACGUUGGUUUAGUCUACAUCUCAGGUCAGAGUAAUGCCGAACGUUGUAAAACAGAAUUUGUUAGACUUUUUUUAUUCUUCAUUUUUUACAGCUCAUUCUAGGUCACUAUGUCCUGUUUUACUUGAAUUUUGUUGAAAAAUGCAAUAUGAUUUUUAGCUAAUGGACUGUUCUGUUGUUAUUUCUUUUAUAAGGUUUGUUGUGAUUCAGCCCUGCUUUAUAACUGCAUUGAUUACACAUUUUCUGCCUUUAAAACCCAUGUUUUGACAUUCACACUUACGAUUCUUUAUAAAAGACGAUCCAAGCCUUUACACAGACCAAAUCUGAACAGUAUAAUCUAUUUUAUUUCCAUUUUUAUGACAAGUGUUUAUUUUCAUGUUUUAAAAAUCCAUAUGUGCUGAAAGCAAUCAAGAGAAGCCACUGGAAAAAAUAUUUUAGAUGAUAUUAAAUAAAAAAUAAAAAAAAUGUUCCCUUUGAGUUAUAGAGACUGUAUUUUUAUUUUGUAAAUAGAGUUUGUGGAUUGAUAUUAUAUCAAAUAAAUUUGUUUCGUACAUA